AUGGCGGCUUCGUCGUCGCUCUCGUCUCCUCUUUCACAUCAACUUCGCAGAUUCAUCACGAGGAAGAAGAAACCCAUUUCUCCUCUGUUCUUCUGCUCCGCCGCGAAAAUGAACGGAAAUAUCUACCGUGUUCCCGGUCUCGAGGAACAAGAGAUGGACUCCGUCGCCGGAAAAACGUUUGAGAGAUACGCAUUGCCUUCUCCGGCGAAACGAAACGGCAAAGGAACCGCGAUUCUCUGGUUUAGAAACGAUCUUAGAGUGCUUGACAACGAUGCAUUGUACAGAGCUUGGUCUUCCUCUGAUACCCUUUUACCUGUUUACUGUCUCGAUCCUCGUCUUUUUCAAACUACCCAUUUCUUCGCCUUCCCCAAAACCGGAGCUUUAAGAGGUGGUUUUCUAAUGGAAUGUUUGGUUGAUUUGAGAAAGAAUCUGAUGAAAAUAGGAGUGAAUCUUCUUAUUAGGAGUGGUAAACCUGAAGAGAUUCUUCCUUCUCUUGCCAAAGAUUUGGGAGCUCAUACAGUAUUUGCUCAUAAGGAAACGUGCAGCGAGGAGCUACAAGUCGAAAGACUUGUGAAUCAAGCUUUGAUUGGAAAUGGCACUAAGCUUGAGCUCGUUUGGGGAAGUACUAUGUACCAUAAAGAUGAUCUUCCAUUUGAUGUUUUUGAUCUGCCUGAUAUCUACACUCAGUUUCGUAAGUUGGUGGAAAGCAAGUGUAGUAUCAGAAGCUCCACUCGCAUUCCACUUUCUCUAGGACCAACACCUUGUAUUGAUAAUUGGGGAGAUGUUCCAACUCUUGAUCAACUUGGAAUUGAGCCACAAGAGGUGACCAGAGGAAUGCGAUUCGUGGGUGGUGAAACAGCAGGAGUAGGCAGACUUUUUGAGUACUUUUGGAAGAAGGAUCUAUUGAAAGUAUACAAAGAUACGAGGAACGGAAUGUUAGGACCUGAUUACUCGACAAAGUUCUCUCCAUGGCUUGCCUUUGGGUGUAUCUCUCCUCGCUUUAUAUAUGAAGAGGUUCAAAGAUAUGAAAGAGAAAGAGUAGCAAAUAAUUCAACAUACUGGGUAUUGUUUGAAUUAAUAUGGAGGGAUUACUUUAGGUUUCUUUCAAUUAAGUGUGGGAACUCCCUCUUCCACCUCGGUGGCCCUAGGAAUGUGCAAGGGAAAUGGAGUCAAGAUAAGAAGCUAUUUGAGUCUUGGAGAGAUGGCAAGACCGGGUAUCCUAUUAUAGAUGCAAACAUGAAGGAGUUAUCCACUACAGGUUUCAUGUCAAAUCGAGGCCGACAAAUUGUUUGUUCGUUUCUUGUGCGGGACAUGGGCUUGGAUUGGCGCAUGGGUGCGGAAUGGUUUGAGACAUGUUUAUUGGACUACGAUCCAUGUUCUAAUUACGGAAACUGGACCUAUGGAGCAGGAGUUGGAAAUGAUCCUCGAGAAGACCGAUAUUUCAGCAUCCCCAAGCAAGCACAAAACUAUGAUCCAGAAGGUGAAUACGUUGCGUUUUGGGUGCAACAGCUUCGUAGUCUUCCGAAAGAGAAAAGACAUUUCCCUGGGAGAUUGAUGUAUAUGGACACAGUUGUGCCAUUGAAGCACGGUGGUGGUCAAACCUCUAGAGGUUCAAACUCUGGUGGUUUCAGAGGGAAUCACAGUGGUGGGAGACGUUCAAGACACAAUGGUCCCUAG